AUGUCUAUCGUAAUUGACGUGACUUCAGUAAGAGAAAGUUCCGCGGAAUUGAAUAAUGAUAAUGAUAAAAAGAUAUCAAGUGACAGCGUAAUACAAAUAACUUGUUCCCCAGAUAUAAAAUAUGUUGCGACCUUGAACGAAAACGAUGAAAUUGGAAUUUGGAAAGUUGAAGAGCAUUCAGUAUCAUUUGACUUCGAAAAGAUGUGUGGCAUAUCGGAUGAAGGUUUAUUAAAUAUCCUAUAUAAAGGCAAAACCAGAAAUGUCAAAGAACGAGUUAUAUUCGAUUUAAGUAAAGACCGACGAGCUCUUGCAACAUUUAAAAGUCAUGUAACAGAUUUAAAAUUCUUAAAAAAUGGAUAUAUGGUAGCAACAGAGAUGAGUGAUAAUGAAAAAUUUGCGCCCUUUAUCGGAAUUAAAGUAUAUUCUAUUAGGAAAACACAUGAAAGAAUACAUUUAGAAGUCAAGCAUUCUAUGGCUAUUCACCCAACGACUAUAUACAGUUCAAUCGAUUCAAAGAAUUUUCUUUCAGAUGGAAAAUUUUUAUUUGGAUAUGACCUUAUACAACAAUGGGAUAUAGUGAAUGCAACUUUUGAAAAUAAUUUUCACCGGAAUUUUGCACAAAUUAGCCUUACUGAUGACAAAGUUUUAUCAAAAUACAAAGAAGAAAAUUAUAUAUUAAUGCAUCUAAAGAAACCUAAUAUAAAACCUUUAAAUUUUUCACCCUUUUACCGACUUCAUAACGUCGAUGAAAUGUCAGUCAGUAGUAAAGAUUUUGAUUUUUUGAGUAUUCGAGAAAUUAGGGAAGAUAAUGCACAAUUAGAAUUUUAUGGUUAUUAUUUCGUUGAUAUUUACGAAACGCAAUUCGGACAUAUACCAGUGCAAGAAAAAGUAAUUAGUAUAAUAGAUAAUAAACCACAAAUGCGUCAUGUUAGUAAAGAAGUUAUGCAACAAAGCAUCAAUCAAUUCAUGUCAACACAUUUUCUUUUAUCAAAUAAUUUACCAUUUAUUAAUGAAAUCAAGGGAGAAAAAAUAAUGUAUGGUGAAUUUCCGGGAAUAAAUAUAACAUGGAAGAUUGAUCAAGGUGAAAAUGGUGUCACACUUUCAGCCAUAGGUGAUCAAGGCCCGAUUGAUACUUUAAUAUUAGAUAAAUUUCUGACAAUUUUUAAUGAUACAGAAUCAAUUAAUGCUGAUUCAUAUAUUCAUUCAUAUUUAUUACCUAACGAUGAUUUAAUUAUAGUCACAAAUUAUAGUUUAAUGUUUAUUACAGCAACUAUUGAUAAAAUACAGAUAUUAUAUUAUUUUCCGAGAGAUCAAUUCUCUUUAGUUGGUGAAAUGCUUGUGAUUAACAUAGAUAGUAAUUUUAAUGUAGAAAGAUUUGAAUUCUUUUUAAAUAAUUUAGAUAAAAAAUUUGAGAAACGACAUCCAUACAAAGAUAUGAUAAUGAUUUAUCUCAAUAAUAUUAUGACAUUUAAUUUAUAUGCGGCAAAUAUUUUAGCAGCGGCAAUUAUUACACAUAGAGGAGAUUAUAUUGAACUUAUUGUUGAUAAAUGUUUAGAAUAUUAUAAAACAAAUCCUGAUCAAAUCAAUAUAUUUAGGGUUGUUACUUCAUCACUACCCAAACUUAAAAAGUCUUAUCCUUAUUAUAUCAACAAAUUUCUCAUUAACACAGCAUUAAUUAAAGCUCCCCAUAUUAACAAAAUUUACGAAUCAAAACAUUCACAUCUUUAUACAAAUCCUACAAUUGAUUUAUAUAUUCCUUUACCAGGAUUUGCAUCUUAUAGCCCAACGUAUAAUUUUUAUGAAGAAUUCUUUUGGAAAGCAGAACCAAAUGGAUUUGUUAAAACAAUAAUACCAGAAUUAUAUUCAGAUUGGGCUGGUGAAGCUUUAAUUAAUUUUAAAUGGAAAACGUUUGGAAGAAUUUAUUAUAUCGGAAUUUGGAUAUUAUAUACCUUCUUUUUCUUAACAUUUACCUUGGCAACAACUGAUUUUGGAAUUUUAACUCGAAAUCAAAGAGAUUUUCUACUGAAAAUUUGUGUUUUAUUAGGAAUUAUACAAUUAUAUUUUGAACUUCAUUUUGAUCCUAAUAAUCCUGAUUUUGAUGAUCCAAAUUCAGCUUGGCGCUUAACAACUUCUUUUAGCACUGUGUUUCCUGAUGGAAAUGUUUCCUCAACUCGAACACUUAUUGAAACUCCCAGUUCUAGUACAAAUUUAUUUGAAUCUUUAGAUACCGCUAUUUUGGCUGUAUUCGCUUUAAUGACAGGUGAUUAUUCUUCUUUGUCCGGAUGGGAAAUGCGUAAUAACGCAACGCUUAGUGUUCUAUGGAUAUCGUUCUUGUUCCUUACCGGAAUAUAUUUAUUAAAUAUGUUUAUCGGUUUACUAAAUUUGGGUAUUUCAAAUAAGGACAAUUAUGCUUUGUUUCUAACUAAGAAAGCAAAGUUAAUUGCCGAUAUUGAAUUAUUUUAUUUGUUACCUAAUCAAAGAAGAUGGAGGCAUUGGUUUCCUGAUCACAUUUAUUAUCACGCAAAUGUUGAAGAAGUGCAAGGAAAAUUAUUAGAAUUAGAUGAAAUAAAUUUACGUCCUGACAGACAAUACAAAUUACAUAAACCAAUAAUCCAUCAUAAUCUUUUAAAGCUUAUUAACAUGGAUAAAAAAAAACAGGGAAAAACGUCAACGCUGGCACCGAGCGUUAUGAAAUUUGAUGUCUGGACACAGACUGAUUAA